AUGGCAACGAAUCCAUAUAAUAACUGGACAACGCCCUGCCUCGAUGGCAGUGCUGGGACCAUUAUAUCUGCUACGAGUUGGUGCGCUGACGGGUUUUACUGUCCUAAUAUGACGCUGGGAGAACUACCUGUAUCAUGUCCACCGAGUCCACGGUGUCUUGUACAGCGAUUGCUAUCGAUUCCAUGCAGUAUGCCUCAAGGACGGCUGGAACCGAUCAUUUGCAAAGCGGGAUACUACUGUCCUGAUUAUUCGAAGCAGACUAUAUGUCCAGAGGGGUCAUAUUGUUUGACUGGCUCAGUUGCUCCCAUACCAUGUAACCUUGGAUCAUCAUGCCCUCAAGGAACCACAUCCCAAACCUACUACCUACCGCUCGUGAUCUGCGUCUUCCUAGACUUUGGCCUACUCUUAAUAUGGAUUCACGGACGCCUGAUCGAACGUCGACGCCAACGUGAAUCUAAAGAUCUCGCAGAUAGUUCAUCAACAACAUUUAAAUUCAAUACGAGUCCCGGUCUCGUGUCUGCUUUUCAACGCGGGAUGGAUGGUCAUGUUUUGACUGUUGGUAUUGAGUUUCAGGAUAUUUCGUUGCUGAAAGGUGGCAAGCAUAUCCUGACGAGGGUGUCUGGAGGUAUAAGGAGUGGAAAGUUGACUGCUAUUAUUGGGCCUUCUGGUGCUGGAAAAACAACAUUUCUCCAUGUUCUCAUGGGGAAGUUACGGCAAACAAGUGGCGAGAUGCGCAUUAAUGGGAAGGCUACUGAAUUACACAAAUACCGUCGCAUUGUGGGCUACGUACCACAAGAAGAUACAAUGAUACCAGAACUUACCGUCCGCGAAAAUAUACUGCAUUCAGCUCGGAUACGUCUACCAAGACGUUGGUCUCGACGUGAAGUGUCUGAUUACGUCGAUUUGGUUAUUGAUGUCCUUGGGUUGACCGAAGUAGCCCAUUCCCUAAUUGGAGACGAUAUAAAGCGAGGGAUUUCUGGCGGACAGAGGAAGCGUGUCAAUAUCGGGAUUGAACUGGCCGCUGUGCCGGUAGUGCUCUUUUUAGAUGAACCCACGACAGGACUCGAUUCAACAGCGGCAUUAGCCGUUGUAGAGUCUUUGAAAGCUGUUAGCUCCACGUUGGGAAUAACGAUCGUGUCUGUUAUUCAUCAGCCUCGUUCUGAAAUAUUCGAGACCUUGGACGACGUCCUGGUUCUAGGACGAAACGGUUUCACGUCAUAUAACGGACCAGUAGCAGACGCACAACCGUAUUAUGAAUAUCUUGGUUAUAAAUUCGGAAACGGUAACCCAGCAGACACGAUACUCGACAUUCUCAACGAAAAGCAAGCCCGACCAAGAAACUCCAGAUACGAAGACGGUGAAGGACUCGACGGACUGCCUUUGCAAAAAAUCAUACUAAGUCGAGGCCAAAAGACUUCUCCACCAUCUCCACCGCUAUCUAUACACACUCCCAACGAUGGACAGGACGUCCUCCCUCCACGUUCAGAUUCUUUGUACUCGCCCCUUCUUCUUAAAGGACCCGAGCUUCAAGGAGAAGAUGAUGUGGAAGACUUUGACAAGAUCGCAACGAGACUGGUGAGGGAACGUGGUGCCAAUUUCUUUAUGCAGUUGUAUUAUUGUCAUAGUCGGUCGAUGCUGCAACAGAAACGGGCUAUUAUGUCGGUGAUAUUGGAAGUUGUUGUUGGAUCGGUUGCUGGAUUGUUGAUGGCUGUUGCAGCAGGACAAUCCGAGCUGUAUCGAGCACUCUGGAUAACACCAUAUACAGUAAUAAGUCCUUCGACACAGGACUGGGACGUAGCGUUAUACGCUCUUCUAGUUGGAUCAUCGUCUGCAUUAGCAGGUGGUCCACCAGGCACACGGGUAUUUGGUUUCGAACGCCCCAUAAUGUGGCGAGAAACCGCAUCUGGACAUUCACGGCUUGCCUACUUUCUAGCCAAAAACAUAUCGUUUACAUACCGCAUGAUCCUAUCCGCGGCCCAUUUCGCGGCAGUGCUACAUGUGAUGGCAACUCCACCUAUAGCAUACUCGUCUUUGUUUUUGGUCAUAAUGGGCAACCUGUUUGGAGUUUAUGGGCUGAGUAUAAUAACAUCGCUGUGUUUCAGGAUUGAGGAUGCUGCGUUGGCGGCUGUUAUAUUCUCUAUGGCUGCUGCUAUUAUGUGUGGAUUUGAACCUACUCUCCACGACGCCCAAUCCUGGAACCUCGAAUGGCUGUGGUCUCUAAGCUACAACCGCUGGACGGCAGAAGCAAUGGUGUCCGAGUACGCAAAUCCAUACAACAGUGUCUACAUCACAGCAUACACCAGCUCAACAUACGGAUACACAUUCAAUCGAUUUGGGGUUGAUAUCGGCAUAGCAAUCGCCAUUGGAGUUGGAUUUAGAUUGAUUGCGUUUGUGUUGAUGGUCGUUACGAAUCGCGAGAAACAACGAUAG